ACACAACAAGAGAUAAACAUAGUUACUCAAAACGAAAGCAAAAUAAUAUCGAACAUGGAGAACGAAAUAAAAAACACACAGAAAAGAAAAUUCGAAAAACUUAAACAACAACAAAUGAUACAACUUGGCAUAAAACAGAAUGAUAAAUGGUUUGUAAACAAAACAAACACUCAAUUCCCCGAUGACGUGAAAUGGCUUCUUUCGCUUGGAGAGAAAUUUGGACUUCCAACAACAAAAUCACAAUUCCCACUAUUUAAACUAAUAGCAGACGGCGAAGACGUAAUACAAACAUGGAAUGACAAAGAACAACAAGAAAUGAUGAGGACAAAGUUCACAACAAUGAUAGACACACAUAUGAAUAAGAUGAAAGAGAGUGAACGAGAUAAAUUUAUCAACAGCACAGUGGGCCGCACCAAAACUUUUUUGAAACAAAAUAAAAAUAUAUUAAUUUUAAAUGCUGACAAAGGAAAUGUUACGGUUGCAAUGGACAUUAAUGACUACAAACAGAGGAUGAACAGUAUUAUUUCAGAUAUGAUGACAUAUCAACGGGUGAACAAAGAUCCAACAACAGGUUUGAUAAAAAAGAAUAAUGAACUGGUGGAGGAGCUAUACAAAAACAACAUUAUUACGACAAUGGAAAGGAAAAAACUCAGAAGUGACGUGGCUACAGCUCCAAGAUUGUAUGGACUACCAAAAAUCCACAAGGUAGAUUUCCCGUUACGCCCGAUCUGUUCUUCAAUCAAUUCUCCGUCGGAAGAACUGUGCAAAUAUGUGGUUAAAAUUUUAAAAAAUCUUACCAAAUUCUCCAAAUAUAACGUUCAAGACUCAAUGGCGUUCAAAAACAAAGUUAAAAAUAUGACGAUUAAAGAAAAUGACAGGAUGGUUUCGUUUGACGUAGUAUCACUCUUCCCAAGCAUACCGAUAGAUCUUGGUAUUCAAAUAAUCGACGAAAGGUGGGAAGAACUAAAAGAAUACACAAAUAUGACAAAGGGCCUAUUUUUAAGUAUUCUAAAAUUUUGCAUUAAAGACAACCGAUAUUUCAAAUACGACGACAAGAUAUAUAAACAAAAGAAAGGACUGCCAAUGGGUUCACCAGCUUCUCCAGUUGUGGCGGAUAUAGUCAUGGAGAAACUCUUAGACACCUGCAUGGAAAAACUGACAACAAAACCCAAAAUAUUAACGAAAUACGUGGACGAUCUUUUUGUGAUAACUGGGGAAGAUGCAAUCAAUGAUACAUUGAAUAUACUUAACAGUUUCAGCAACAAUAUCAAAUUCACCAUGGAGGAUGAAAUGAAUGGAUGUUUACCAUAUCUAGACACAAUAAUAUAUAGAAAUAAGGACAAAUUAGAAUUAGACUGGUAUCAGAAACCCACGGCAUCGGGAAGAAUUAUAAAUUUCUUUUCGAAACAUCCCAAGCAAAUGAUUAUAAACACUGCAAAAAAUUUAGUACAUAGAGUAAUGAGCAUUAGUGACGAGAAAUUCCAUAACAAGAACAAACACAAAAUCCGAGAUAUUCUAACAAACAACAAUUUUCCAAUAAGAAUAAUAAAUAGAUUAAUAGGACGACGGAAUACUACUAGAGAAACCCAAAAAGAUGAAAAGAUAUAUAAAUCUAUGAUUUACGUACCAAAUUUAUCAGAACGAUUCCAGAACUCAAAUUUAUAUGACAAGAACAAAUAUAUAAUAGCCCAGAAAAACAACAACACUCUCAAAAAGCUAUUUAGCCAUACAAAAGACAAAAUACAAAAUCCUGAUAAACACAAUGUGAUAUACCAAAUACAAUGCGAUGGCAACCCUAACGAAAAAUGUGGGAAAUAUUAUGUUGGUACCACAAAAAAUAAAUUGAAAACUAGACUAUCAGCCCAUAAGUCUGAUUUAAAAAUGAGAAACCAAAAUUACACACAAAAAACAGCGCUUGCGGAACACUGUAUAUCAAGCAACCAUCAGCCAAACCUUGAACAAGUAAAAAUACUGCAAACGGAAAACCAUUACCACAGAAGACUCACAUUAGAAAUGUUACACAUCAACAAUCUACACACAACAGAGAGAAUAAAUUUUAAGAGCGACACAGAUAACGCAGCUUAUUGCUAUAGGCAUUUGACACAAAAGAAGAGAUCGUGCAAUAUGUAAACAAAAUCAGUGCAAUAUUAACAGCCGACGAUGAUAGUGCAUUCUAUCGUAGUUAUUAAGUUAACUUGACGAUUAUUGUUUACAAAUCCCCUGAAGAUGCAAUUUAUACAAUUGCGAAAUAUCGGAGAUCAAAAAUGAAAUAAAAUAAAAAACUGGCCUAAAGCUCAAAAAAACUCAUAUUAUUAAAUAUAUUGGAAAAUAGGUCGAAAAAACUCACACUUAUAAUAUAUAACACGGAGAGCACGCCGAAUACCAACAACAUGAUCUACAGAAACAUCAAGUAUAAAAACAACAUCAAACACAGCAUUAACAAACACAAAAACACAAAAGUGAAGAUUGCCAAAACAAAAUGCUCUUUAACUUUUCUAAUUCGAUGUCGUAACAACGGCAUCAUUCCUAACUUUAUUAAAAAUGCCUUAAAAAAUAUUCACAAUAUUUUUAAGACACCUCAAAUAUACCACAUUAAAAAUACAUUAAAGGGAUACAUUGAUACUUUUCAAAACAAGAUUCUCAAUCUACUAAUUAAACAGAAACAUUACGAAAUAAAGAACAAUCAAAGGGAUCAACAAAAUAUAGAAAAAACUUUGGGAGAAAAUCUAACACAACAAGAGAUAAACAUAGUUACUCAAAACGAAAGCAAAAUAAUAUCGAACAUGGAGAACGAAAUAAAAAACACACAGAAAAGAAAAUUCGAAAAACUUAAACAACAACAAAUGAUACAACUUGGCAUAAAACAGAAUGAUAAAUGGUUUGUAAACAAAACAAACACUCAAUUCCCCGAUGACGUGAAAUGGCUUCUUUCGCUUGGAGAGAAAUUUGGACUUCCAACAACAAAAUCACAAUUCCCACUAUUUAAACUAAUAGCAGACGGCGAAGACGUAAUACAAACAUGGAAUGACAAAGAACAACAAGAAAUGAUGAGGACAAAGUUCACAACAAUGAUAGACACACAUAUGAAUAAGAUGAAAGAGAGUGAACGAGAUAAAUUUAUCAACAGCACAGUGGGCCGCACCAAAACUUUUUUGAAACAAAAUAAAAAUAUAUUAAUUUUAAAUGCUGACAAAGGAAAUGUUACGGUUGCAAUGGACAUUAAUGACUACAAACAGAGGAUGAACAGUAUUAUUUCAGAUAUGAUGACAUAUCAACGGGUGAACAAAGAUCCAACAACAGGUUUGAUAAAAAAGAAUAAUGAACUGGUGGAGGAGCUAUACAAAAACAACAUUAUUACGACAAUGGAAAGGAAAAAACUCAGAAGUGACGUGGCUACAGCUCCAAGAUUGUAUGGACUACCAAAAAUCCACAAGGUAGAUUUCCCGUUACGCCCGAUCUGUUCUUCAAUCAAUUCUCCGUCGGAAGAACUGUGCAAAUAUGUGGUUAAAAUUUUAAAAAAUCUUACCAAAUUCUCCAAAUAUAACGUUCAAGACUCAAUGGCGUUCAAAAACAAAGUUAAAAAUAUGACGAUUAAAGAAAAUGACAGGAUGGUUUCGUUUGACGUAGUAUCACUCUUCCCAAGCAUACCGAUAGAUCUUGGUAUUCAAAUAAUCGACGAAAGGUGGGAAGAACUAAAAGAAUACACAAAUAUGACAAAGGGCCUAUUUUUAAGUAUUCUAAAAUUUUGCAUUAAAGACAACCGAUAUUUCAAAUACGACGACAAGAUAUAUAAACAAAAGAAAGGACUGCCAAUGGGUUCACCAGCUUCUCCAGUUGUGGCGGAUAUAGUCAUGGAGAAACUCUUAGACACCUGCAUGGAAAAACUGACAACAAAACCCAAAAUAUUAACGAAAUACGUGGACGAUCUUUUUGUGAUAACUGGGGAAGAUGCAAUCAAUGAUACAUUGAAUAUACUUAACAGUUUCAGCAACAAUAUCAAAUUCACCAUGGAGGAUGAAAUGAAUGGAUGUUUACCAUAUCUAGACACAAUAAUAUAUAGAAAUAAGGACAAAUUAGAAUUAGACUGGUAUCAGAAACCCACGGCAUCGGGAAGAAUUAUAAAUUUCUUUUCGAAACAUCCCAAGCAAAUGAUUAUAAACACUGCAAAAAAUUUAGUACAUAGAGUAAUGAGCAUUAGUGACGAGAAAUUCCAUAACAAGAACAAACACAAAAUCCGAGAUAUUCUAACAAACAACAAUUUUCCAAUAAGAAUAAUAAAUAGAUUAAUAGGACGACGGAAUACUACUAGAGAAACCCAAAAAGAUGAAAAGAUAUAUAAAUCUAUGAUUUACGUACCAAAUUUAUCAGAACGAUUCCAGAACUCAAAUUUAUAUGACAAGAACAAAUAUAUAAUAGCCCAGAAAAACAACAACACUCUCAAAAAGCUAUUUAGCCAUACAAAAGACAAAAUACAAAAUCCUGAUAAACACAAUGUGAUAUACCAAAUACAAUGCGAUGGCAACCCUAACGAAAAAUGUGGGAAAUAUUAUGUUGGUACCACAAAAAAUAAAUUGAAAACUAGACUAUCAGCCCAUAAGUCUGAUUUAAAAAUGAGAAACCAAAAUUACACACAAAAAACAGCGCUUGCGGAACACUGUAUAUCAAGCAACCAUCAGCCAAACCUUGAACAAGUAAAAAUACUGCAAACGGAAAACCAUUACCACAGAAGACUCACAUUAGAAAUGUUACACAUCAACAAUCUACACACAACAGAGAGAAUAAAUUUUAAGAGCGACACAGAUAACGCAGCUUAUUGCUAUAGGCAUUUGACACAAAAGAAGAGAUCGUGCAAUAUGUAAACAAAAUCAGUGCAAUAUUAACAGCCGACGAUGAUAGUGCAUUCUAUCGUAGUUAUUAAGUUAACUUGACGAUUAUUGUUUACAAAAUAUUAUAUUAUCUUGUAGAUCCCCUGAAGAUGCAAUUUAUACAAUUGCGAAAUAUCGGAGAUCAAAAAUGAAAUAAAAUAAAAAACUGGCCUAAAGCUCAAAAAAACUCA